AUAAUGGCAUUUCCGGGAAAAUUCCUCGGCUCGGGGCGGGACUUCCGGCCUCUUCCUAGUGACGGCCAUUUUAAUUGUCCGGGUCUGUUUUGGCUCUGGGCCGCUGGGUUGGGACCAGGGUGACGGGGUGAGAAAACGCGACAGGAGGCGCUGUCCACGCGGCACAGAGGCGGGUCUGAAGUUCGGGGACGCCGCCCGGGGUGCCCCGCGCAGGCCCGGGAGAGGGUCCGACGUGCCCGCGUCCCGCCUGUCCCCGCCCCGCUCCGUCCACAGAGUCCGAUGGCGGCGCCGGCGCUGAGGGACCGGCCUCAGCCACGCCAUGUGACGCAGGAUCUUAAUUCCUUGACCCGGGAUCGCACCUGUGCCCCCUGCAGUGGCAAGGGCACCACUCUUCUUUAUAUUGUACUACUUAGCCUUCAAAUUUCAGAGAGUAUUACAAUGAAGCCUCUUUAACUCUGUUUCUCAUCAUUUUAGCCAAGCCAUGGUCAACAGCUUCAAGAGAUGAGCUGCCUGGGCUUCAUGGAGUCUGAAAUAAUGUCUCUUCGCGGCUUUUAACAACGACCAAGGCCCCUCCUUCCUUUGAGGUAGGAACACCACCAGCAGCGUUCCUCAGGGGGCUGCAAAUCCAAUGCUCCGGUUGAACGUUAUGAACUAGCUUCGCCGCGGCCUCUGGAGCUCUGGGAACUACAUUACCCAGAAGGCACGGGCCGAGAGGCCGCAGUUACGAGGCAACGGCCAAUCAGGGUGAGGAGUUCCCGCGCGUGCGCGUCUGGGCGGGACUUCCGGCGACCCCGUUGUGGCGGUCAUUUUUGCUCCCGUCCGCAUUGCUCGCGCUCCGGAGCGUUGUGUCAGGAUCGAGGUGACUGGACCGAGAAGAUCCGAGAGGAGGGCCUGUCCCCGCAACACAGGGGAAGGUCUGAGGCUCGGCGACGCCGCCCGGGGUAUCCCGCGCCAAGCCCGGGAGACUGACCGCCGUGCCCGCGUUUCGCCUCCUCUCCCGCAGCUCCCGGCCCCGCUCCGUCAACCGAGUCCGAUGGCGGCGGCGGCGCUGAGGGACCCGCCUGAGGUAAACGCUCGUCCUCCGGCCCCUCACCGCCCACACUGCACCAGACACUAAAGCCCCGAGUGCGGGGCGCCUGCCUACGUGCCCGCAGCCCAGGCCGCGGUGUCCAGGAUGGUGAGGCGGCCGUGGGCGGCGCGUGGGCGAGGGUGAUAGGCGGAGGGACCGGCAGGUGCAAAGGCUUGGAGGUUGGACUGAGCCAGGAGGAUUCGGGAAACCUGGGGUGCAUCUUAUGACUGCAGUAAAGAGAGUGUGAGGUGGAAUCACGCCUGGACCGGCAGAGAGAAAGGUUGUUCCUUUAUUCUGAGGGACCUGGGAGCCACGGAGGGCUGUGAACGGACGAGGAGCAGUGUAUGUGAGGGCUUUAAAAGUUUUCAAAAAGCUGAAGAAGAGAACGAACGGAUUGGAAUGGGGGUAACAAACAGGCACAGGGAGUUGAGUCCUCGUCCAAGGUCACAGGAUCUGGCAAGAGGCAGCAGAGGUUAGUCAGUCAGCCUGAGGUCACUAGGUUCCAGGGCUGGGUGGGGUUACAGUGGAGUCCUGCACACAUGGAGCCCAGCCAUGGUUGCCUUCCUUUUUCGCCCAAGUUCUGAAGGUUGACGAGGCACUUAUGGAACCUAUGUAAGGCAGGAGAGGGCGUCCCAGUCCCUUACUGGUUCUGGAUGGCUAAUACUGAAACAGAUCAGAAGCAAGACAGUCAGGGCUUUCCCUGGCUAUGGGCUCCCUCAGAGAACUGGGAUUGUACCAGAUCAUGUUUGAUUUUGUUAAGCACUCUGUGGAUGCCAUGUUCCAAGUACCUGGGUGAGUCCAGAGAGGUGCCUGUGAUGUGGGGCAGGGAGGUGGUAGAGCUGUGGGAGUGCAACUGUGAGGUCUGAAGAUGUGAAAGAGGUUUGGUCAACUGAAUGACGUGCACAUCAAGGGGAAGUGUGAGCUGAGGGCCCACAGGCCCUGGUGUUGGGGAUUAAGGGUAAAGAUGAGCCCAUGUUUGGCUGUGUCUUGGAGGCACAAUGUGGGAGACCUCAGGGGAAUUACUUGGGGGGAGGGAUGGGGCCCUGUAGGCCAGGCCCAGAGUUUAGAUGACGUUUAUCCCCCCGGCCACCGCCUUUUGUUGCUGAGGGCUGAGCACAGUGAGGAGAGAUCAGGCAUCAUUGGCACCAGGCCUGACGUGGGGAGCUCUGAUGGAGGAUGACUGUGGAGUACAUGUGUGAGGAGAUGAAUUGUGGGUUCUCAGAGAGAGAAUGUUUAUGUUUCAUCUAUCUCAUUCAUGACAGGGUGGUGUGUCCUUUGAGGACAUUGCCCUGUACUUCUCCUGGGAGGAAUGGAAGCUCCUUGAUGAGGCUCAGAAACUCCUGUACCAUGAUGUGAUGCUGGAGAACUUUGCACUUAUAUCUUCACUGGACAGAUACAGGCAUAUUGCAGGUUACGUUCCAGACCACCGCAAUAAGGUGAGUAAAACAAUAAAGCAAGUCGCAAAAAGUUUUGUUUUCCAGUGCCUAUAAAUGUUGUUUACACUGUAUAGUAGCCAGUAAGUGUGCAAUAGCAUUAUGUCUUAAAAAACAACAUAUAUACCUCAGUUAAAAAAUACUUUAUUGCUAAAAAAAUUUUAAUCAUCAUCUGAGUUGUAUCUUUUUGCUGCUGGAGCAAUUUAUUUAAAAAAAUUUUUUUAAAUAAAUAUAUUUAUUUAUUUAUGGCUGCGUCGGGUCUUCGUUGCUGCGCGCAGGCUUUCUCUAGUUACGGCGAGUGUGGCUACUCUUCGUUGCGGUACGGGGGCUUCUCAUUGCGGUGGCUUCUCUUGUUGUGGAGCACAGGCUCUAGGUGCAUGGGCUCCAGUAGUUGUGGCGCGCGAGGUCUAGAGUGCUGGCUCAGUAGUUGUGGCACACGGGCUUAGUUGCUCUGCGGCACGUGGGAUCUUCCCGGACCAGAGACUGAACCCGUGUCCCCUGCUUUCGCAGGUGGAUUUUUUUCUGUUUGUUUGUUAAUUUUAUUUAUUUAUUUUUGGCUGCGUUGAGUCUUCAUUGCUGCACGUGGGCUUUCUCUUGUUGCGGCAAGUGGGGGUACUCUUCGUUGCAGUGUGCAGGCUUCUGUUUGGGGUGGCUUCUCUUGUUGCGGAACACAGGCUCUAGACACACGGGCUUCAGUAGUUGUGACAUGCGGGCUUAGUAGCUGUGGCUUGCUGGCUCUAGCGCGCAGGCUCAGUAGUUGUGGCGCGUGGGCUUAGUUGCUCCGCGGCAUAUGGGAUCUUCCCAGACCAGGGCUCGAACCUGUGUCCCCUGCAUUGGCAGGCAGAGUCUUAACCACUGCGCCACCAGGGAAGCCCGGCAGGCGGAUUCUUAACCACUGUGCCACCAGGGAAGUCCCUUGCCUUAAUUUUGACUGAUCAAGGUGCUGCCUGAUUAGGUUGCUGAAGGUUUUGGUGGCUUUGGCAAUUUCCACAUCAAUGGACUCUUCCUUUCAGGAAUGAUUUCUCUGUAGCACGCGAUGCUGUUUGAUAGCAUUUAACACACAGUAGAAGUUCUUUCAAAAUUGGAGUCAGUCUUCUCAAACCCUACUGCUGCUUUAUGAACUAAGUUUAUGUAAUAUUCUAAAGCCUUUGUCAUCAUUUCAACAAUCUGCACAGCAUCUUCACCAGGAGUACAUUCCAUCUCAAGAAACCAUUUUCUUUUCUCAUCUGUAAGAAACAACUCCUCAUCUGUUAAAGUUUUCUCUUGAGAUUGCAGCAGUUCAGACAUCUUCCAGCUGUACUUCUAAUUCUAGUUCUCUUGGUUUUUCCACUACAUCUGCAAUUACUUCCUCCACUGAAGUCCUGAACCCCUCAAAGUCAUCCAGAGAGUUGGAAUCAGCUUUUUCCCAACUCCUGUUAAUGUUUAUAUUUUUACCUCUUCCCAUGAUUCAUAAAUGUUCUUAAUGGCAUCUAGAAUGGUGAGUCCUUUCCAGAAGGUUUUCAAUUUACUUUUGCCCUGAUCCAUCAGAGGAAUUGCUAUCUAUGGCAACUAUAGCCUUAGGAAAUGUAUUUCUUAAGACUUGACAGUGUAAACUACUUGAUCCAUGGGCUACAGAAUAGAUGUUGUAGUAGUAGGCAUGAAAAGAACAUUAAUCUUGUACAUCUCCACCAGAGCUCUUGGCUGACCAGCUGCAUUGUCAGUGAGUAGUAAUAUUUUGAGAAUUUUUUUUUUCCAGAGCAGUAGGUGUCAACAGUAUUCUUAAAAUAUUCAGUAAACCAUGUUAUAAGGAGACGUGCUGUCAUCCAGGCUUUGUUGUUCCAUUUAUAGAAUAUAUGCAGAGUAGAUUUAGCAGAAUUGUUAAGGGCCUAAGAUUUUCAGAAUGAUAAAUGAGCAUUGGCUUCAACUUUCAGUCACCAGCUGCAUUACCCCUAACAAGAGAGUCAGCCUGUCCUUUGAAGCUUUGAAGCCAGGCAUUGACUUCUCCUCUCUAACUGUGAAAGUCCUAGAUGCCAUCUUCUUCCAACAUAAGACUGUUUCAUCUACAUUAAAAAUGUGUUGUUUAGUGUAGCCAUGUCCAUUAAUUAUCUUAGCUAGAUCAUCUGGAUAACUUUGGUACAGCUUCUACAUCAGCACUUGCUGCUUCACUGUGUACUUUUUUUUUCACCUUGUACUUUUAUGUUAUCAAGACAGCUUCUUUCCUUAAAUCUCAUGAACUAACCUGUGCUAGCUUCAUACUUUUUUUUUUUUUCCAGCUUCUCACCUCUCUCAGCCAUCACAGAAUUGGAGAGAGUUGGGGCCUGACUCUGGAUUAGGCUUUGGCUUAAGGUUUCUGGAGUGGAGAAGAGUAUGUUGAGGCAUCCUUUGAACAGAGUGUUUCUGUGGUAAUGUCACAGGUCAGGACUUCCAAGGAACCUUCAUCUUCCCAGAAGACUCACCCCUGUGAGAUGUGUGGUCCAGUCUUGAGAGACAUUUUCCAUUUGACUGAGCAGCAGGGAACACAACACAGCCAGAAACUAUUCAAGUGUAGGGCAUGUGCAAAAGGAUUUUAUUUCAGUGCAGACACUCAGCAGCACCAGGAGCAAUACAUGCAAGAAAAACCGUUCAUAAUCGGUGUGGACAGGGCCUCAUUUGUGCAGAGCAGCAAUUUCCAUGUGUCAUGGGAGCCUUUUACCUGCAAGAAAGUUGCAGAGGACUUCCUAGCCACCUCAGGACAUCUGAAUCAACAGACUAUUCACACUGGGGAAAAGCCAAACACAGCCACCCACUGCAUGGGAACUUUACAAAGCAGAAAAAGUCAUUGCACCAGGGGAGAAUGCAAGAAAGCCUUCAGCCCCAAACACACACUUGUUCAGGCCCAGAGUGUCUACACUGAAAGACAGUGUUUUAUGUGCAGUGAAUGUGGGAAAACAUUCAAGUAUAAAUCCUCAUUUGUUGUGCACCAGAGAGUUCACACUGGUGACAGGCUUUAUGACUGUGGCGACUGUGGAAAAUCUUUUAGGGGAAGCUCAGCCCUCAUUCAACAUCGAAGAAUUCAUACUGGGGCAAGGCAGUACAAGUGCAGCAAAUGUGAGAAAUCCUUUAGCCAAGAAUUUGUCCUCAUUUAUCCUCAGACGAGUCACACUGGAGAAAAUUGCCACAUUUGCCAUCAGUGUGCACAAUCUUUUAGCCAUAGCUCCAUCGUUUUUCAACAACAGACAGUUCACACUGGAGAAAUGAGUUAUGAGUGCACUGAAUGUAGCAAGUCCUUUAGACGAAAAUCUGACCUCAUUGAACACUGGAGGGUUCACACAGGAGAAAGACCUUAUGAGUGCAAUGAAUGUGGGAAAUCCUUUACUUCUAGCUCCGCCCUCCGUUAUCAUCAGAGAGUUCACACUGGAGAAAAGCCUUAUAAAUGUGGGGAAUGUGGGAAGUCUUUUACCUCUAGCUCUGGCCUACGUUAUCAUCAGAGAAUUCACACAGGAGAAAGGCCAUAUGAGUGUACUGAUUGUGGAAAGUCUUUUACCCAAAUAAAUCACCUCAUUAUACACCGAAGAGUUCACACAGGAGAAAGGCCUUAUGAGUGCAGUGAAUGUGGGAAAUCCUUUAGCCACAAAUCUUACCUGUCUCAACACCAGAGAGUUCACACUGGAGAAAGGCCUUAUGAAUGUAGUGAAUGUGGGAAAUCUUUUACCUCUGGUUCCGCCCUCUGUUAUCAUCAGAGAGUUCACACAGGAGAAAAACCUUAUGAGUGCAGUGAAUGUGGGAAAUCCUUUACCAAUGGACCGAUACUCAUUCGACACCGUAGAGUUCACACAGGAGAAAGGCCUUAUGAGUGCAGUGAAUGUGGGAAAUCCUUUACCCAAAGAAAUCAUCUCAACAUACACCAGAGAGUUCACACAGGAGAAAGACCUUAUGAGUGCAGUGAAUGUGGAAAAUCUUUUACCUCUGGUUCCGCCCUUCGUUAUCAUCAGAAAAUUCACAUUGGAGAAAGGCCUUAUGAGUGCAGCGAAUGUGAGAAAUCUUUUACCUCUAGCUCUGCCCUCCGUUGUCAUCAGAGAGUUCACACAGGAGAAAGGCCUUUUGACUGCAGUGAAUGUGGUAAAUCUUUUAGGGACAGUUCCCAAUUGAAUCAACACCAGAGAGUUCACACUGGAGAAAAGCCUUAUGAAUGUAGUGAUUGUGGGAGAUCCUUUAGCCAGAAUUCAUACCUCUCUAAACACCGGAGAGUUCACACUGGAGAAAGGCCUUAUGAGUGCAGUGAAUGUGAGAAAUCUUUUACUUCUGUCUCUGCCCUUGGCUAUCAUCAGAGAGUUCACACUGGAGAAAGGCCUUAUAAGUGCAGUGACUGUGGGAAAUCUUUUACCAAUAGCUCUAUACUGAUUCGCCAUCGGAGAGUUCACACAGGAGAAAGGCCUCAUGCAUGUAGUGACUGUGGGAAGUCCUUUACCCAAAGAAUUCACCUCAUUAUUCACCGGAGAGUUCACACAGGAGAAAGGCCUUAUGAGUGUAGUGAAUGUGGGAAAUCUUUUACCUCUCGUUCCACCCUUCAUUAUCAUCAGAGAGUUCACACAGGAGAAAAGCCUUAUGACUGCAGUGAAUGUGGGAAGUCUUUUAGCCGAAAAUCUAACCUCUCUCAGCACCAGCGAGUUCACACUGGAGAAAGGCCUUAAAUGUGUAAGAAAUGUGUAAUUUCCUUGUUCAGUGUAAUGACAUUGGAUGAAACUGUGAGGCACUAGUUGUCCCAUGCAUCCAAACAUCAGGAAUAGAGAUUCCUCAUAAUUUUCAGUUAUGUGGGAAGCAUGUGUGACUGUGUUGCACUCUCUAACCUACCCAGGGCUCUUGAUAGAUUUAUGUCACUGCCACUUUCUGUAGCCAGAUCCAUUUCACCUCUAUAACCUGGCAUGUCCCCACAGUGUGCAUCAGUCACUACUGCAGCGUGCUCAGGGAAGCCAACUCUGUUCUCUCAUUUGUGGGAGGAAAUUAGGAAUAGCCUGAACCUUUAGGAUGUCCUCAUUCCCUUUCUGACCAGCUUGGGCAUUGGCCUGACCUACUGUUGGCCCAGAGAACAUCAUAUGAGUUCAUCUGGCAGCUUGCAGAGAAGGAUUACCAUUUUCAGGGACACGUUGGUCUCAAGAUACUUGUGAUGAAUUUUUCUAGCUUGGGAGUCACCAGCUAAAGAACUGCCAGCCAUUGCUGGCAGAUCUGCCAGAACAUUGCUUUGGUUUGAACAGUAACAAAGACCUUACUGUUUAAGUCCUCUUUAAUCUUGGACAUUCUAUUUACCAAGUAGGGUAGGUUAUAAACAGAUUUGGGCUCUACAAGCAUGAAGGGGUGAGCAACUUUUAUGGGGGUAUCAAACUUUCUAUGCCUCAGAGGAGACAUUACAGAGGCAGAAAUUAACUUACUAGUUUUUGCCAAAUUUGCAUUUCUGCCCGUGGCCUCCUAGGAAAGACUGCAGGUCUUUCUUGUCCUCAUUUGAGGCCUGGAUGCUAUGAGUUUUAGGAGACUCAGAGGGCACCCUGAGGAGGGUUCAAGUGUGACAACCUCAACUGCUUCUGGGAGCAGCAUGAAUUUUUUCCCUUGUUCACAGGGGACAUCAGCAAUGCUGAGGGAACUCUCUUCCCCAGGUCUUACAAAGAGCCAGGCAGAUUUUUUAAAAAAAAAAAGAGGGAAAAGGAGAAUCUGUAGUCCACAGGUGUGUCUCUUGUGACCCAGGCCGCAUUCCUGUUGACUCUGGUGGAAAGUCAUUGCUCACUGUAUUUGCUGUCUUUGAGGUAAGACCGACCCCCAGAGGGCAUGACAAAGUGGAAUGAAUGUAGGAUUGCCAAACCUAUUUUCCCAAAACAGUUGGACAUAGAGGUUUUUUUUUUAUCUUGAAACAUUGCAAAAGCUAUUUGUUAUCAGAUAGCUCUGACAUAUAUAUGGAACUGAAACCAUCAUUGUAGUCAUGGUAAUGACUGUAUCUGUUACUGUAUAUUUAUCUCAUAACCUUUUAUAAUCUCUCUCUCCUUGCCCCUCACACCCCUUCAAGUAACCAUUGAUUUACUUUCCAUUAUAAUAUAAAACUUUCCAUUUUCUAGAAUUCAUGUGAUGGGAAUCAAAGUAUUUACUCUUUUUCCUGCUUUUAUUUAUGUUGCAUAAAUACUUGGAGAGUCAUCAAUGAUAUAUAAGCAGCUCAUACUUUUUUUUCUAAGAAACAUUCUUAUCUUUGAAUAUACCACUAUUUAUCCAUUCGUUUGCUUAUGGACAUUUGGGGUUUUUCUAAUUUUUGACUAUUGGGAAAAAAAGCUGGUACAAACUUUUGUGUAUAAGUUUUUAUAUGGAUAUAUGUUUAUCUUCAGUAACUCAGAGUGCAAAGUUUGAGUCAUAGGGUAGGUGAAUGGCUAACUUAAACAAACUAGCAAAUUGUGAUCUGAACUAAUUAUACCUUUUUCUUUUUUUUUUUUUUUGUUUGUUUUUUUUGUUUUUUCUGGCCACGCUGCACAGCUUGUGGGAUCUUAGUUUCCCAACCAGGCCUCAUCAGUGAAAGUGCUGAGUCCUAACCACUGGACUGCCAGGGAAUUCCCAUUUUUUUCAUUCUUACCAGCAGUGUAUGAGAGCUCCAUUUCUUCCACAUCCUGGUGAAUACUUAGUUUGUUCAAUCAUUCUUUUUUUUUUUUUUUAACAAAAGUUGUCACUUUAUUGUAUUGUACAUAUGUGUCUUUCUACAUAAAUGGGAUAAAAGAUAACAUUCCAGGAUAUUAAUUUUUUUAUUGGGAAUGUGUAUUUCUUUUUUUUAUUAUUUGUAUUUUUUUAUAGUCAAUCAUUCUUAAUUUUAACCCUUUUUGUAAGUUUGCCCAGCUAUCUAACUGUUGUUUUAUUUGCAUUUCCCUAAAGAUUCAUGAUGAGCAUUUCUUCAGAUGCAUAUUUGCUACCUCUGUUUCUUUAGUGAAAUGUUCAUAUCUUCUGCCUAUUCUAUGAAUUUUGGCUAUUUUCUUCCUUUCACAAAAGAACAGUGAAACAGCCAAGUUGUAGUGGAAUUUCACUCAUUUUGUGACUUUUUAAUUUAUGGAAUAAUUGUUUUUAAUACUGGAAUAAUAUAUUCUAAUUUUUUCAAUUUUUUAUGCUAUGUGCAAUGUAAUGGACACAAAUACUUUUAAUUUUAAUCUGUGUUAUUAAUGUACUCUCCAUCACUUUCUAAAGUCCAGACAUUUAAUAAUACCACAAACCCUUGCUUAGUAGUGUUCGCCCAUUUGCUUGGUCUGUCAUGGGUCUAUCAUGGGUUGGAGCAGAACUCUUGGGGAGGGAGACAAGAUGGCAUCAGGAUGAACAGGGUGUUUUUUGAGUCCCAAAGCCUAGCAGGACUGGAAAUAGGGCAGUAAUCAGACUCCCCAAGCUCUGGGUCAGGCAGCCUGUGUUUGAAUCCUGAUCCCAAAUAUCCCAAAAUAUCAUUGUGACUCACAGGCAAAUGACCACCCACUCUGGGCCUCAGUUUCCCCCUUUGUAAAACAGGUAUAACGUGUGGCUCUACCAAUGAGCUGUGGGAGGUGAAGAGCUGAAAUGCCCAUUUGCUGUGCCAUGGCUAUACCUGCAACCUCAUUGGACCUAGGCAGCACUAGCCUCUGCCUGCCGUGACAUUCCCUGGCCAGGCACCCCUCAUUUUCCCCUAAGUCCCCGGGUACAUUUGGGAAAGAAAUGGGGCUUCUCAGAAGCCACUUACCCACCCACCCCACCCACCCGCAAGGAGGCAGAGGCUGCAGAGCACUGACAUCUCAGUGUGGGUUCCCCACCUGGGAAUCUGGGCAACUUGCUAGAGCUCCCUGAGCCUCAGUUUGCUGACUGACAUGGAGGUGAUGAGGCACUUACCUUGGUCCCUGUGAGGAUUAAUAAAAGUAACAAAACACUGAGUACCUAACGGUGCCAGGAUUCCAGGGUUUGCUUUAUGAACAUAUUCUCUUUAAUUCUCACAACAACCCAAGAAAGUGGGAACUAUUAUUGUACUGCUGGGGAAAUCCAGGGUCAGAAUGAUGUUGUGGGUUCCCCAAGGUCACAAUGGACAAGUGUCUGAUUCAAGAUGCUGGAUUCAUACCUCUAAGUCUAGUUCCAGAGCUGGGGAUGUUUAAUCCCUUUACGUCAGCACGUGAAGCACUCAUCCCUGGGCAGGCACGCACAGAGUUCCAAGGAGUCUCAGCUGCUGUUACCUUUGUUGGAAUUAUCAACAUGACCAUUUCCCCACUUACCACCUGCCCUCACAGUUCUCACAGGAAUGCCCUUGUCUGUCAUUGCCAGUGGCUUCCCCCAUGGGAGGUUUUUCUCUCAGCUGCAAUUGCAUUAUGUCCAAAGGCCGCACCUUCCUCCCCUUUGAGCACAGCACAGAGCUUAACCCUCAAGAAUCAGUGAUUCAGGGCUGGGUCUCUCCACCUUCAUCAGCGACUGAGUGACAGCCUCUGAUGCCAUCUAACAUCCCAAUAUGAAGUUUGACUUUUUCAGGUGUUUGUAACCUUCAUCCUGGAGGAGUAGAGACAGCCCAGCCCAGAGGACCUGGUACUAGGAGGUGAUAAUGGAGACCUUUGGGCUCCUGGUCUCACUGGGUAACAGCUCACCUCUGCUCCAUUCAUGGACCUGCUGCCUAUUUGGUUCUGUCCUCUCUGUCCAGGACUGGCUGAUUGAGAAGACCACUGGCACGCACCGUCCUUCUUCCCUGCACUCCUCACCAUGUUCUGGACCGACAUCCUCUAUUCCAACCUUUCUGUCUGCACCAAGCGUCUUUUGGUAAAAAACACAAGUCCUCACCUGAGUGCCCAGCACACUCUAACCUCAUCUGAGGUCCCCACUCCAGAUUCUACAGAAGGGGAACUGACUAGCCUAGCCUGGUUGGGUCAUGUGUCCCUCGGUCCAGUUAGCAGGGUCAUGGGUGAUAGGCUGCUUCAGAGAAGAGGGUGAGUCAGGCAGUACUUCUUGAGAACCAUUUGCCAUUAGUUCAUCCAGGGUAUCUUCUUAAACCAUACAAUCCCAGUUAAAACAGGCUCCUGGUGACUUUCCUGGUGGUCCAAUAGUUAAAACUUAACACUUCCAAUGAAGGGGGCACUGGUUCGAUCCCUGGUCGGCGAAGUACUAUCCCACAUGCCGCGCAGCACGGCCAAAAAAAAAAAGGUGGGAGUAGCUCCUGAAUGCUACACCAUUGUCCCUUGUUUCUUAAGGCCUGGACCAUGCUCCUGUGCUGCUUCAGGAGAUGAUUUUAGAGGGUGCACAGAUCCUAUAUCAAGUGGAAUGCCUGGACACCCUGAGAAAGCAAUUCUUUUUCCCUGCUGUUUCCCUUGCUGCUGUCAGGAGAAAGUCUUCUUGGUAUAUUGCUAGAUCUCUAUUGCCCACUGUUACUAAUAUCCCCCUCCCCCUUUUGGUGCCCGAACAGGGACAUGAAACUAAUAUCCCUUUUUAAUAGCGGAGGCACCCGUGAGCAUACCCCAUGAGGUCCCUGGGACUUCAGAGCAUUAUUUUGAUUUCAUUGUAUUUUCAUGGUAAACUUCCACUUGUCCCAAGUCAAACUGGUUUUCCCAAUUAGCAGAGAGAUACAAAUACUCUUUUUAAGAUGCAAUCUAUAUAAGAAAAAUAAACUGUAGGUCAUUUAAAAGAGAAUUGUAACACUGGCCACAGCCAAGUUCCCGUAAGCACGGACCAGGUGUCAGGUUUGUUGCAGGCACUGUUCAGACUGCAUUCCUUGAAUUCCAACAUCCUGCCUCUGCAAAGUAAGGAAAUUACAGCCACUGAGUGAGUCCCUCAGAAACCUCAAGUUAUUCAGUGUAGAAGAUGUGCCUUCUUUAUGAGGUGGCAACCUGUGCUUUCUUUGCUGCUAAAAGUCCUUUUUGUGGCCACGCUGCACGGCAUGCAAGAUCUUAGUUCCCAGACCAGACCAGGGGUUGAACCCCUGCCCCCUGCAGUGGGAGCACAGAGGCCUAACCACUGGAUCGCUAGGGAAUUCCCUAAAAGUCCUUUUAAAAAAUGAAAUGUCGGGCUUCCCUGGUGGCGUAGUGGUUGAGAGUCCGCCUGCCGAUGCAGGGGAUACGGGUUCGUGCCCCGGUCCGGGAAGAUCCCACAUGCCGCGGAGCGGCUGGGCCCGUGAGUCAUGGCCGCUGAGCCUCCACGUCUGGAGCCUGUGCUUGGCAACAGGAGAGGCCACAACAGUGAGAGGCCCGCGUACCGCAAAAAAAAAAAAAAAAAAAAAAAAAAAAAAAAAAAAAAGGAGACUGAGUGUAGAUGAUAGUUGAUGUCCUUUCUGCACCAAAUCACCAUGUAGAUUUUCGGAUUUUUAAAAAAAUUUUACAAGUCCAUGAAAUACCAAAAUCUGGGAAUGACCAAGUCAUCCCCUCACACAGAUUCCCCUUUCUCGAGGAUUAAAUACUCCAGAUCACCUCCCCCUCACAUGGCUACCUUCUCCAAGAAUGCUGGCCCCACACAGGGCUGUGCACUGUUUCCUCCUUAGUGUAGCACUCAGGAGGCCUAGUCCUAGAGCCAGAGCUCCUGGUGAGAAUCCCAGCUCUGCUUCUCACAGGCUGUAUGGCCCCAGGCAAGUUUCUGAACCUCUCCCUGCCUUAGAGUCCUCCUUGACAGAAUGGGGUAGUAUGGUAUUCAUGUCACAGUAUUAUUGUUUGUUUAAAUGGGUUCAUGUAUGAAAACAGACCAGUCUGUUACUUCCUGACUGUGCAGGUCUGAGGUAUGAUCACUGUUGCCAUCACUGCUCCUGUUGAUACCACCAUCAUCAUCAUCAUUAUCCUCAUUAUCAACAUGCCUGAACUUGGCACCUUAUAUAGCAGUGUUGUGAAGUGUUGUAGUUCAAUAGUACAGAUGCCAGAGACAGCCAACCUGGGUCCCCAGUUGGAUCAGCUGGAUAUCAGUUACAUGCCAUUCACCUGUCUCAAUUCACUUGUUGUUGAUAGUUGUUUACAGCUUGGGGAUGUUAAAGAUAAAGCUGCUACAGACAUUUAUAGCUGGUCUUCAUGUGGAAAUGUGUUUCAUUUAUUUUGAACUAAGAUUUGUGAGUAUAAUUCCUGAGUCAGAUGGUAGGUGAAUUUUUUGUUGUUAAGAAACUGACAAAAUUUCAGUUUCAUUGACCUUUUCCUCUUUUUUUUAGUCUCUAUGUCUUUCUUCUACUAAAUUUGGGUUUUGUUCUUUUUCUAGUUCCUUUAGGUGUAAGUUUAGGUUAUUUGAGAUUUUUCUUGUUUUCCUGAGGUAGGCUUGUAUCACUAUAAACUUCCCACUUUGGACUGCUUUUGCUAUAUCCCGUAGAUUUUGGAUUGUUGUGUUUUUGUUUUCAUUUGCCUAUAGAUUUUUUUUUUUUUUUUUGGCCACGCUGGGCAGCUUGAGGGAUCUCAGUUUCCCGACCAGUGAUUGAACCCAGGCCACAGCAGUGAAAGCCUGGAAUCCUAACCACUAGGCCACUAGGGAACUCCUGAUUUUUUUUAAUUUCUUUGACUUCUUCAGUGAUCCAUUGGUUGUUAGCAGCAUAUUAUUUAGUCUCCAUGUGUUUGUGUUUUUUGCAGUUUUUUUUCUUUUUCUUGUAGUUGAUUUCUAGUCUCAUAGCAUUGUGGUCGAAAAAGAUACUUGACAAGUAGGAAAAGUUAUGGUCAGAGAAGUUUCUUAGAAAAGAAAAAUAAAAUUGAUAAAUCUUUAGCCACACUCAUCAAGGAAAAAAGAGGGCCAAAAUCCAUAAAAUCAGAAAUGAAGAAGCAGAAGUUUCAAUUGACACAACAGAAGUACAAAGGAUUGUGAGAUUAAUAUCAACAACUAUAUGCCAAUAAAAUGGACAACCUAGAAGAAAUGGACGAAUUCCUAGAAUGUACACUCUCUCAAGACUGAACAAGGAAAAAAUAGAAAAUAUGAAUGGACCAAUUAACCAGUAAUGAAAUUGAAUCAGCAAUUUUAAAAAACUACCAACAAACAAAAGUUCAGGACCAGAUGGCUUCACAGAUGAAUUCUACCAGAAGUUCAGAGAAGAGUUAAAACCUAUGCUUCUCAAACUAUUCCCAAAAACUUACAGCAGGAACACUUUUGAACUCAUUCUACAAGGCCAGCCUCACUAUAAUACCAAAACAAGACAAAGAUAUCACAAAAAAAGAAAAUUACAGGCCAAUAUCACUGAUGAAUAUAUAUGCAAAAAUCCUUAACAAAAUAUUAGCAAACCAAAUCCAACAAUACAUUAAAAGGAUCAUACACCAUCAUCAAGUGGGAUUUAUUCCAAGGAUGCAAGGAUGGUUGGAUAUCCACAAAUCAAUCAAUGUGAUAUAUACCACAUUAACAAAUUGAAGAAUAAAAAUCAUAUGAUCAUCUCAAUAGAAUGCAGAAAAAGCUUUUGACAAAAUUCAACACCCAUUAUGAUAAAAACUCUCUAGAAAAUGGGCAUAGAGGAUACAUAUGUCAACAUGAUAAAGGCCAUAUAUGAUAAACCCACAACUGGUAUCAUACUCAACAGUGAAAAGCUGAAAGCAUUUAAUUGAAGACAAGGAUGCCCACUCUUGCCACUUUUAUUCAACAUAGUUUUGGAAGUCCUAGCCGUAGCAGUCAGAGAAGAAAAAUAAAUAAAAUGAAAUUCCAAGGGAUUUCAGAGCUUGGUGGCAGGAACUGUGGUCAAAGACCAAAUAUUAGAACAAAAGAUGCUCUUACUGCUCUUAUCACUUAGGAAAUCAGAAGGGUUUUAGGAGCUCUGUGCCAGGAACUAGUGGUAGAGACUAACAUAUUUUUACUGUAUUUUACAGUAUAUUAAAACACACCACCUCAGCCAUAAAAAGGAAUGAAAUUGGGUCAUUUUUAGAGACAUGGAUGGACCUAGAGAGUGUCCUACAGAGUGAAGUAAGUCAGAAAAGCAAAUAUUGUAUAAUAACAUAUAUAUGUGGAAUCUAGAAAGAUGGUAUAGAUGUUAUUUGCAAAGCAGAAAUAGAGACAUAGACAUAGAGAACAAAUGUAUGGAUACCAAGGGGAAAAGGGGUGGGGAGGGAGGAAUUGGGGGACAGAUUGACACAUAUACAUUAUUGAUACUAUGUAUAAAAUAGACAACUGAUGGGAACAUACUGUAUAGCACAGGGAACUCUACCUAAUGCACUGUGGUAACCUAAAUGGGAGGGACGUCCAAAAGGGAGGGGAUAUCGGUGUAUGGAUUAUUCAUUUUGUUGUCAGUGGAGGCUAACACAACAUUGUAAAGCAUACUCCAAUAAAAAUUAAACUAAACAAAACAAACACACACACCAGAAAAUAUCUCUAGCACCCUGGAACUGGCAUAAUGGUCUUAUGAGUGGUCUGGCACUCCAGGCAACCAACUACCCUUGGGAAAGUAUACUGGCUAUUUCUUCUCCAUGGAACAUCUUUCUGAUGUAUCCUUGUCACUCUCUCCUCUCCAUUAAAUAUUUGCUCGAAUAUUAGGUGCACUAUGAGAACAUCUCUGACCCUUCUAUUUCCUACUGAAAUCCUCAGACUCCACAUGCUUGCAUUCCUCAUUGCUGCUCUUUUAUAUUUCCACACCACCUGUCACCUUAUAAUUACUAUAAUAUAGAAUAUUUUCUUUGUGAUUUAUUGACUAUUCCUUCAAUAAAGAGUUGGAUUGAAGGCUGCAUGAGAACACAUUUCUUUGGUUGCUGAUGUAUAACUGAUAUCUAGAUGAGCCUCUGAGCCAGAUGAUAUGUUUAGUAAAUGAUUAUUGAUGGAAUAAAACAUGAUGCCACAGCUUUCCUUCCAUUCUUCUACCUCUUUCUGCUCUCAUCUUACUAUUUCUUUUUCUCAAGUUUGUUUUCCCAGGAUUGUCAUGAAUGGAAAGGAUUCACACUUUGUGGAAACAAGAAAUUCAUGUUAGCCAAGUCUCCAGCAUAACCAUGGACUCAACUUAAUUCUCUCACAUUUUAGGACUCAGUGUCCUUCAUCUACCACCCAUUGAGACUUACCUAUUCUCAGGUUUCACAAGUCCUUUUCUCUUCUAGUGAUUUCCGCAGUGCUUAAUGUAUGACUCCAUUAAUCAACAUUAAUAACUUUCUGUAAUUUGCUCACUCUACAACUAUUUUUCAGAGAUAUUCUUGAGUCCCCUUGCAGACACUGCCACUGCAUUUACAGAUGAAAUAAUAAUCACUGCCCAGCAAGGAGAUGAGAUCGUGGAAUUAAAAACCUUUAUCUCUUGUUUGGAUGCCCUCUUUUACCCCAUACACAGAUGCCGAUAUUUUGGCCAUCCUGGCAACAAAUGUAAAUUUGGUAAGUAAGCACUAUUCCCAGAUACAUGUCAUAUUCUUAGAAGAAAUACACCAUAUCUCAGAAAAUUCAAUAAGAAACGUUAUAUGGGGAAAAACAAUCUGCUUUCUGGGAUUGCAACACAAAUACUGACAGAUACAAAAGGGAUGCAUUCUGAGGGACCAAGAGGCAUGGUGCCACCUCAUCUACUUGCUUUAGGGCUGCCUAGUAUCUCUCCAUGUUUCUUCUACAACCUGUCGGGAUUAUACUUGCUCUUAUUGCUGACCAAACACAUUGAGCCUCACAAUGUCCAUUCUAAGAGCUUUGCUCCCCACGAAAAGUAAGAAGACUGUGUUUUAUUCAGUUUUUGAGUGGACAUUUAUGUCAAUUGUUGGAUAUACAUUUUUUAUCUUUUGGGAGCAUGAUUUGCAAAUGGAAUCUGUAGGAGUGUUUUGCUACGAUGUCUUUGAUGAGUGCAAGUGUUAAAACUUCCUGUCAGAUUUCGUGAAAGCAAGACACACUUAAAAAACGUGAAUAAAAUAUUGUAAGAUACAAAGAGCAAGAUAAUCAGGGAUGUAAAGAAUCUCAAAGCUAAAGGUUAUCUUGUAUGACGGCAUGUUUUAUAUAUACAUAAUAUCUUCAUUAUUAUAAUAUUUUGCCUCCUCUGUCUGGAAAGAUCUCCGAUGAGAUCUUCAUUUCAAAGGUUUUAUAUAAACUAUUUCCAUUUUUUUCCUUUUUAUAAUUCUCUUACUCUAAUUAAGUUGUUGUUGUUGUUUUGUUGUGUUUUUUUUUGCGGUACGCGGCCCUCUCACUGUUGUGGCUUCUCCCGUUGCGGAGCAGAGGCUCCGGACGCACAGGCUCAACGGCCAUGGCUCACGGGCCUAGCCGCUCCGCGGCAUGUGGGAUCUUCCCAGACCGGGGCACGAACCCGUGUCCCCUGCAUCGGCAAGCAGACUCUCAACCAUUGCGCC